AGAGCAACAUGAACCUAAUGGGUGCUUUGAUUGUACAAAUGAGUCUUUUUUGGACAUUCAUAGAUCUUAUUCAAUCUUCAAUCAGCUUACCCAAUAUUGCUUUAAAUAAAGCCACAUACAUGUCAAGUCAGUUUAAUCCAAGCACCGGCUCGGCUAAAGCAGUAGACGGUGGGAAGAACCCGACAUACGCCGGGCGUCAGUGUGCCCUAUCUAAGGGCGGACAAACAGCUCUGUGGAGGGUGGACCUUGGGAAUCUGAGUAGCAUUCAUCACAUUAAAAUAUAUCCCAGGACAGACAAUUUACCAUGGGAUGAGAACAAUGGUCAUCUGCGCCGACUACUGGGGUUUUCUGUGUAUGUGUCCAAUACAACAGAUAAAGAAGAUGGAUCUAUUUGUUUCUAUGACAACGAGUUCUAUACCCCUUCAACCAUUCCUGAUAUACCAACAAUAAAUUGUAAUAUGCACGGGAUAUAUGUCAUAUUUUACAACGAGCGCAAACAAGGACAACCAUCUUAUUAUGACCCUGAAGCUUUCGUUGAACUAUGCGAGUUUGAGGUUUACGGAUGUUUAAGGAAUACCUAUGGUGAAAACUGUUCGGGGACAUGUCCUGUCAACUGUCUUAAUGAUAUAUGUGACAUUAUCUCUGGAACUUGUUUCUUCUGUGACACUGGAUUCAAAGGGCCUCGUUGUAAAAAUGAGUGUGAUGGUGGGAAGUACGGACCAGGAUGUAGUCUGACCUGUGGAGCCUGUAUCAACAACACACAGUGUCAUCACAUCAACGGGAGUUGUCCACAGGGAUGCGGUCCAGGAUACAAGGGUCAACAGUGUGACAAAGAAUGUGAUGGUGGUAAGUACGGACCAGGAUGUAGUCUAACCUGUGGAGCCUGUAUCAACAACACACAGUGUCACCACAUCAACGGGAGCUGUCUACAGGGGUGUGGUCCGGGAUACAAGGGGGUAAAGUGUGAAAAAGAAUGUGAUGGUGGGAAGUACGGACCAGAAUGUAGUCAAACAUGUGGAGCCUGUAUCAACAACACACUGUGUCACCACAUCAACGGGAGCUGCCUACAGGGGUGUAGUCCGGGAUAUAAAGGACAAAAAUGUGACGAAGAAUGUUCCUCUGGUACAUAUGGCAUCAAUUGUAAAGAAACCUGUAGCAUAAAUUGUAACAAUCCUCAAAGCUGUAACAGAACAACAGGAGAGUGUAUAGAAGGAUGCCAGCCCGGCUGGAAGGGAUUUCAUUGUGAUCAAAAAUGCAACCUAGGAACUUACGGAAAAGAUUGUCAGCAUAGAUGUGGUUCCUGCAUUAAUCAGACUCACUGUCACUAUGUGAACGGGACAUGUUUCGAGGGAUGUGGCCCGGGAUACCUAGGCAGUAAAUGUGUUGAUGAGUGUCCAACAGGUAAAUUUGGGAAUGAUUGUAACAAUACAUGUAGCGCUAACUGUAAGGACAACUUAAUGAAAUGUGACGUAACAUCGGGAAAUUGCGAUGGUGGAUGUAUCGACGGAUGGCUUGGCAAACAUUGCAAUAGAAAAUGUGAUAACGGAACGUAUGGGAAAGACUGCACAAACAAAUGUGGUAAUUGCCAACAACAACCGUGCCAUCACACAAAUGGUACCUGUUUAUCCGGAUGCUCACCCAGUUAUAAAGGAGAAACGUGCAAAGAAGAGAAAAAAAAUCCAACCAAUAUCGUAGCAAUUGUUGUUGGUGUUCUUGGAACAAUAUUUUGCGGAGGGAUAAUUUUGAUCAUCGGUCUUAUAUAUAGAAGAUGGAGAUCAGGAGACAAAGCGUCAAACUCAGAUCGACCUCUGGUCUACAUCAAGCCUUCUGCAAAUCAGGGAUUUACUUCUUUGCCCGAAGAAGACACAAAAUCAACACUUCAUAGGUUUGACAAUCAGUUAAAUAGCAGUGUGAAAGAUUUCGGAGAUGUUUAUGAAAAUGAGGAGCAUACGCCAGAUAUCUCCAUAGAUCAAAUAAAACAGGCUAUUGACGAAAAAUCAAAAGAUAAGAACGCGGGAUUUAUCAAGGAAUAUUCUCUACUUCCAUACGGCGAGAAGUACCCAUGUUCUGUUGGAAAACGACUGGAAAAUGUAACAAAGAAUAGAUUCAAAACAACAUUUCCCUAUGACCAUUCUAGAGUUGUUUUGAAAGUGGAUGAUGCUAUUCCAUCGGACUAUAUAAACGCUAAUUACAUUGAUGGCCCUAAGAGGGAACAAGAAUACAUUGCUUCACAAGGGCCGAAACAGAAUUCUGUAAACGAUUUCUGGGGAAUGAUAUGGCAGACGAACACAACGCAAAUUGUCAUGUUAACAAACCUAGUGGAAGGGACAAAGGUAAAAUGUGCCAAAUAUUGGCCAGACAGAGGUGUUGAGAAAGAGUGUGGAAACUUAAGAAUAAAACUGGAAAAAGAAACUCAUUAUGCAUUUUAUGAAGUAAGGAGGUUCAAAGUCUUUCACAAGAAGGCUAACACCUCGCGAACUUUGACCCAGUAUCACUACACCAGCUGGCCUGACCAUGGAACACCCGAACCACUUUUCCUUGUGAUAUUUCACCAUCACGUGAUAGCCUCAAGAUCACCAGAGGAUACGUCCCCAACGAUCGUUCAUUGCAGUGCCGGAAUAGGCAGAACGGGAACUUACAUAGCAUUAGAUGCUCUAUCUAAGGCUGGAAAGAUGACAGGAAAGAUAAACGUCACAGAAUACGUUAAGUCCAUGCGGACAGACAGAAUGAAUAUGGUCCAAACUCACGAACAAUACAAGACAAUAUUCCAAGCUCUCCACGACGUUUUCAGAGCACCAAUACAGUCUUUAAAAAUUUCUGAUUUCGUGAAGAAAGUAGAAAAUAUGAGCAAGGAAGAACCUGCAAACUGGACCGUAAUCAGAAAAGAAUUCCAGCAACUUUUGGCAAUCCUUCCUGUUUAUCAACAAGAAGAUUAUAAGUUGGCAAAACAAAACAAGCCUCCAACAUGUUCCGAUAAAAUUCUUCCACUUGAUAAGUUCAAUCUGAACCUAACACCACUCCCAAAUCACAGAAGCUGUUUCAUCAACGCCAUUUAUUUUUCUUCCUACACAAAGGAAAAUGCCUUUAUUGUGACACAAUACCCAGAGAAUGCCGUUGACUUCCUACGGCUGUUAAAUGACCAUGAAUCAAAUUAUGUCAUUCUUUUGGAUCCUUCGGAUGAAAUUGAAAAGGUAGAUACAUGGCUACCAAGCACUCCAAAACCUGAGUUUAUUUCACCCUUUACAUUCCGUUUCCAGUCUGUUAGCAACACAGACUUAAAAUUGAGGACCUUUCUUGUUGAUCAAAAUGAGCAGGACACUAAGACAAUCGUUGUGGCCGAACCAAAUAAGUCGCUAAAACUGGAGAGCGGGAAACAAGACACAUCGUCUGUUAGAGCAUUGGUGAACUAUACGUUUGGCGUUUCUCCGGAAAAUACCAUUACUAUUGUGAGCAAAGACGGUGCUGAGCUUUGCGGAAUGUUCUGUGCUAUCCAUAACUGUAUGCAGCAGCUACGCAUGGAUGGUGAUAUUGAUGUCUUCUCAACAGUUAGACAACUGCAGAUCCGCAGACCAGAAUUCUGCUCCUCUCAGGAUGAAUACAGCUUGAUUUACAAAGCCAUAAAAGACCAAAUCCAGAGCGAAAAUGAAAAUCUGUAUAGCAACAUGUAGAAUGAUGGA